AUGCGGCGGAGCAGUCCUGCAUACUACAGUCCUCCGCGGCGAGGAUACGGUGGCCGAGGAGGUGGGUCUGGUAGGAGGGGAUUCGGUGGAGGCAGGCGCAGGGACAACAACAAUGGAAGCCUCUUGGUUCGGAACAUUCCUCUCGAUUGCAGAUCCGAGGAACUUCGUGUUCCUUUCGAGCGAUUCGGACCUGUUCGCGAUGUUUACAUACCCAAGGAUUAUUACUCUGGAGAACCUCGAGGCUUUGCAUUUGUGCAGUUUGUGGAUCCUUAUGAUGCCUCGGAGGCACAGUACCAUAUGAACAGACAGAUUUUUGCUGGAAGGGAAAUAUCUGUUGUUGUGGCUGAAGAGACGAGAAAAAGACCAGAGGAGAUGCGCCACAGGACUAGAACCAGAGGACCAACAGGCUAUGGAGGGCGAAGGUCUUCUCAUUACGGGCGUUCUCGAUCUCGCUCAAUAACUAGAUCACGCUCACCACCUUAUCACUCUGGAUCUAGAAAUCGAUAUCGCUCAAGGUCCUAUUCUCCUGCUCCAAGACGGCAAAGUGAUUACUCUGUUUCCCCUAGGAGGCAACCAGAGCAUCCUAGAUCACCAAGAGGUCCUCCCAGGGAGCGAGAUGGUGAUCAGAAGCGUAGAUCAUUUUCUCCUGCAUAUGGCAAUGGUAUUGAACAGAAUCAAAGCAAUGGAUAUGCUGAGAAAUCUAUGUACAAGUCUGAGGCUGAUCGAGGCCAGUGGAAGUCAUCGAGAUCACCCCUUGGAUCUAGAUCAAGAUCUGCUGAACUGUCACCAAGGCGUGGAAGAUGA